AACUUCACAAAUAUAUAAAAAGUGAAACUUAAGCAAAGCACGAGUAGAGUACGAGCAAACUCCAUCGAUGACGCAAUUUAGUUUUGUCGCAUCUAUUAUAUUUUAAGUUUAAGUGCAACAAAACAUACAAUUGAAACAGUUUAUUAUCUUGAAUAUGGGCUUUGAUUGUAAUAUUUAAUAUUUGACAUGUAAGUAAAAUUAUUGCCAGUUGCAUAUGAAAAUAAACAGAUUUAUUAUAUUAUUAAAAAAAAAUCUUAAAUGAAUAUUGACACUAUAUUACAGCAUUAUACUGUAAAUUAUGUAUAUACAUACAUGUAUAUAUAAAAUUCGUUUAAGAAAUGUUAUAAAACAAUUUCAGAAAAAUGAAUACAUUUACAAGAAAAAAUAGUAACCAAAUAAUAUAUGUCUUACAUAUAUUCACAGUUAAAAUUCACAGUUUUUCUAUUUGGUGUGUUUGUCUACAUGCAAUGUUGUGUGACAUCACUCUGACUCAUUUCACCGAUAAUACGAGUAUAUUUUUAUAAUUUUGUUCUGCAUCCGUUAUCGAUUUGUAUAUAAGUAAUGCUCUUUUAUCUUUUCUCAAAAUUGAUAAAUUUAUAUGAUUAAAGGUAAUCUACGCGAUAAGAAGAAUUAUUUCAUGUUUCUCUCAUGUUUACUUUAGUAGUCUACAUUUAACCGUAAUACUAAGUACACGCAAGAUAUAGUGUCUUAUCAGAUAUCGAUUAUAUCAUUUUGAAUUAAUUAAUAGUGCGAAUUUCAUUAUACAUACUUUUUGAAUGUAAAUUAUCAAAUUGCAUCUUGUCGGUGUGUACAAAAUCAUUACAAGAUAUUUUUGAACAAAAUGGUUAAAAAAAAAAGCGUUAAAAAAAAUUCAAUACAGACACGUCUGCUAGAAGAUUAUGAGCUUCCUUUGAUCAAUAUGAAAAAUCUUUAUAAACAUAAAAUAAACAUCGAACAAUUCAACUUUCGAUCUUUCGAAAAUUUUGUAGAACGUGCUUUGAGGAACUCAUCACGCAUUGAUUACAUAUCCAUCGACCCUAAAUAUUUAAAAGAGACGUGCCUUGAUGUAGCUAGCAAAAAUGGCCUAACAUCAUUCGUAAAAACCUUAUUACGUCAAGGAGUACAGAUUAAUAGAGUGAACAAAACGUUCAAUCGCGCCCCUAUUCAUUUCGCCACUGAAGGCGGACACGCAAACACGUUGAAAGCUUUAUUAAAUGAUUCGACGGUAAAUCCUAAUCUCCAGGCUGGACAGCAGACCGCUCUGCAUAUUGCAGUGAACAAACAUGAAGUGAACAAAAAUGCAGUGAACAAAAAUGCAGUGAACAAAAUUUAUCUAGAGUGUGCUUCAUUACUGUUGAAAAAAGGUGCUAACGCUAAUAUUCCUAAAAAUAACAAUAAAAAUUUAACUGCCAUCUGUAUAGCGGCAAACAAGAAACAAUGCGAAAUGGUAGAGCUGAUAUUAAAAGAACAUUGGCUAUUCUUAGAUUUAGACAAUUGUAGAGACAACGACAAUCUGACGAUACGCCAAGUGAUUCAUCGGAGUCUUCCAAAACUGUCAGAACAAUUUAAUGAAUGUGGUACUUAUCAUGGUCUUCAGUACUAUUUAAUUGUUAAUGAUGAAACAAAUUUUUUAAUUAUGUUUAAAAAGAAAGAAUUCUCAAUGGAUGAGUGUGAAACAUUGUUGAAAACAGCUGUGCAAAAUAAUCUUCAUAAGGCAGUGAUAUCAAUCUUAAAUUGGCUUAAGAAAAUAGAAGAAAAUUCGAGAAAAAUUGUUGUAGAACAAGCUGCAUGUGUGGCUAUUAAAAAGGGUCGUUACGCCAUUCUCGAAGAAUUGCUGAACGUAGUGCCAGAAGUAGCCAAUAGCCUAAUUAUGUAUGCUUGUUGGCAGUUGAUAAAUUUGAGCAACCAAAAAACAGAUAGAAGGCUUCAUAUAUCUGUUUGGCUGAAGUGUAUGAAGUUAAUACUGAACCAAAAAGGAGUGAACAUUCACGAAAUAACGGAUGAUAAAUCUAACACGCCGUUACAUUACGCGGUCAAAUCACGCUGUAGCAAAGUGAUUACUCUAAUUCUCAGUCAAGACAGCUAUAUUGGUUAUUUAAAUAAAUCCGAUAUACCACCUAUUGCAGAUAUCCCGAAAGACAUAUUGUCAAACUACUUUGAUAAUUGUAUACAGAUGAAGACGAACGAGAAUACGAAUGAGAGCGCAAUCGAAUUCAAUUAUAGCUGCUUGAAGCCAUCUAAUGUUUCUCAGGAAUUCAAUGAUGAUCUGGGAACUCACGAAUUAAAAGUGUUCAUGUACAUUGCCAAUAACGACAACCUUAAACAAUUACUGAAACAUCCGCUGCUCUCGUCUUUUCUCUACCUUAAAUGGUAUAAGAUACGACACCUCUUGAAGGUGAAUUUUGCCUUCUACACGCUCUACUACAUCUUGCUAAAUAGUUACAUUCUGAACAUAGUAUAUGAAAGUUCAUUAAAUGAAAGCAAAGCGCAAAUAUCUAGUGACAAAUUUUUAAAUUUUUCAUAUAAUGUUUCCAUCCCUACAGAAAUGCUUCAUCAGAACAUUCGUCCAAAAAACAUUUUACAGUAUUGCAUUGUUUUGAUGCUGGUAUGUUUCAUCAUUCGAGAAGGCUUCCUAUUAGUCUGCUGUUUUUGGCACUACGUUAAGGAUUUGACGAGCUGGUUGCAAAUCAUUCUAAUCGCAUUAAGUAUCGCCUUGAUAGUCUCUACAUGGGCAAUACAAUCCGAUCAUCAUGACAUUAAUAAUAAUGAUAAGAUAUAUAUUAAAAUUGGUAUCACGGUUAUCUUGUUAUCCACCUGGAAACUUAUGACCCUGAUCAGCCAACAUACAAGAUAUUCUACUAGCAUUAUAAUUUUUCAAACAGUCUUUUUUAAUUUUGUACGCUUAUUUUUGCCAUAUAUACUUUUUAUCGCUGUAUUCGCUGUGGUCUUCCAAAUACUUUUCAAGGACAGCGAUAAUCCCAAUUUUAAAGAUUCAAAUUUCUUCUUCUCGAUCGUCAAAACUAUUAUUAUGCUUACUGGUGAAUUCGAUAUCGAUGACAUUACAUUCAAUUCGAAGGAUCAGUUUGAGUCUAUGUGGAUCCGUUUCGUGUUUGUAACAUUCGUCUUCUUCAUGGUCAUCGUGCUAAUGAAUAUGAUAAAUAGUAUGGCGAUUAACGAUACUACCGAGAACAAGACCGAGCUGACCGGAUUCAUUUACCGAAUACGUCUAAUUGUCUACUUCGAGGAUAUUGCUUGCGCGAUCAAGCGAUGGUCCAAGUGUCCACAAUGGUGGAGGUCCUUCGCUAACUUUGCUAGUUUGAUUUUUUUGUUUCCGCAUUCUCUAAACGAGGGCAAGAUUAGCUUCAAACUUGAGGCUAGUUCGGAUGAUUUUUAUGACAAUUAUCGUGCUACCCGGUCAUCCAACUGUUCACAGGGGUCGAGAUCUUCCACUAGUUUUGUUAGCGAGAAUUCUCCGUUUUUGCAUGAUCUAAGAGAUGAUGAGAUUAUAACAAUUGAGGACAAUUCGGACGAUUCUCAUGACAACGACAUUCAUAACAACUCCAGGAGAAAUGAUCACGCUAUCUGUAAAAUGGAUCACAAUAUAAUUAAGCAAGCUAAAGACAUCAUCUUCGAUAGGAAUCAACAAUCGGAUAACGAUGAAUCGGAUAAUGAUUGCGUUAUAUAAAUUGCAGGAAGAGAUAGAAAUUGCGAGGUGAAAUUGAAGUUUUAGAUCGUAUUUUAGGAUUAAUUUUAUUAAUUAAAAUAUAAUUUUAAUAAUUUAUAAAAAAAUAAAAAAUAAAAAUCUUUUAAAUAUCUUAAUUUUCAUACCUUUUUAAGCAAUUGUCCUUGAAUUUA